GCCGCCGCCGACUUGUGAAUGGGACUCGGACUGGGGCCCGGGCUGACACCGCUGCGCUCACCCAGUGCCAGGGACCGCCGGCCGGGAGGUCGCGUUCGCCCGCAAGGGCCCCAGAAAUCACUGUGCUUUUGGCUUUGUGGCCCUGUGAAGACAUUCAUUUCUGUUGUUAUUUGUUGAGUGACCAAUCAGAUGGGUGGAAUAUGUUAUAGGAAUUGGCAGCAAGUGUCCAAUGGGUGAAGAAGAAGCUGACUGGGGAAGUGGGCAGCUCUGACGUGAUGUCCUCAGUGAGUGAAGAUAACCCAUUCCAGAGGAGGUCUACUUGACAAAUCUGGGAGGCCGCCAUCCGAAAGACUGACACUCUGUUGGUGUAGGGAGUGACAGCUGCAUUCUCCUGUGCCUACCGCAUAACCAAAAAUGAAGGAGAACUACUGUUUACAAGCUGCCCUGGUGUGCCUGAGCAUGCUAUACCACAGCCAGGCAUUUGCCCUGGAGCGACGAAACCACCUGCGGCCCUCAUUCCAUGGACACCAUGAGAAGGGAAAGGAGGGGCAGGUGCUGCAGCGCUCCAAGAGAGGCUGGGUCUGGAACCAGUUCUUUGUGAUAGAAGAGUACACUGGGCCUGACCCUGUGCUUGUGGGCAGGCUUCAUUCUGAUAUUGACUCUGGUGAUGGGAACAUUAAAUACAUUCUCUCAGGUGAAGGAGCCGGAACCAUUUUUGUGAUUGAUGACAAAUCAGGGAACAUUCAUGCCACGAAGACACUGGACCGAGAAGAGAGAGCCCAGUACACACUAAUGGCUCAGGCAGUGGACAGGGACACCAACAGGCCACUAGAACCACCAUCAGAGUUCAUUGUCAAGGUCCAGGACAUUAAUGACAACCCUCCGGAGUUUCUGCAUGAAACCUAUCACGCCAAUGUGCCUGAGAGGUCCAAUGUGGGAACAUCAGUAAUUCAAGUGACAGCCUCUGAUGCAGAUGACCCUACUUAUGGAAAUAGUGCCAAGUUGGUGUAUAGUAUUCUUGAAGGACAACCCUACUUCUCUGUGGAAGCACAGACAGGUAUCAUCAGAACAGCACUUCCCAAUAUGGACAGAGAAGCCAAGGAGGAGUACCACGUGGUGAUCCAGGCCAAGGACAUGGGUGGACACAUGGGCGGACUCUCAGGGACAACCAAAGUGACGAUCACACUGACUGAUGUCAAUGACAACCCACCAAAGUUUCCGCAGAGCGUGUACCAGAUGUCUGUUUCAGAAGCAGCUGUCCCGGGGGAGGAAGUAGGAAGAGUGAAGGCUAAAGACCCAGACAUUGGAGAAAAUGGCUUAGUCACAUACAACAUCGUUGAUGGAGAUGGCAUAGAACUAUUUGAAAUCACAACGGACUAUGAGACACAGGAAGGUGUGGUGAAACUGAAAAAGCCUGUAGAUUUUGAAACCAAAAGAGCAUAUAGCUUGAAGGUAGAGGCCGCCAAUGUACACAUUGAUCCGAAGUUCAUCAGCAAUGGACCUUUCAAGGAUACUGUGACGGUCAAGAUUGCAGUAGAAGAUGCUGAUGAGCCUCCCAUGUUCUUGGCCCCAAGUUAUAUCCAUGAAGUCCAAGAAAAUGCAGCUGCUGGCACUGUGGUUGGGAGAGUACAUGCCAAAGACCCGGAUGCUGCCAACAGUCCGAUAAGGUAUUCAAUUGAUCGUCAUACUGACCUCGACAGGUUUUUCACAAUUAAUCCAGAGGAUGGUUUCAUUAAAACCACUAAACCUCUAGAUAGAGAGGAAACCGCCUGGCUCAACAUCUCUGUCUUUGCAGCAGAAAUUCACAACAGACAUCAGGAAGCCAAAGUUCCAGUGGCCAUCAGGAUCCUUGAUGUCAACGACAAUGCUCCUAAAUUUGCUGCCCCUUACGAAGGCUUCAUCUGUGAGAGUGAUCAGACCAAGCCACUCUCCAACCAGCCAAUAGUUACAGUUAGUGCAGAUGACCAGGACGACACAGCCAAUGGACCAAGAUUUAUCUUCAGCCUACCCCCUGAAAUCAUUCACAACCCAAAUUUCACAGUCAGAGACAACAGAGAUAACACUGCAGGGGUAUAUGCCCGUCGAGGAGGGUUCAGUCGGCAGAAGCAGGACUUCUACCUCCUGCCCAUCGUGAUCAGUGAUGGUGGCAUUCCACCUAUGAGUAGCACCAAUACCCUCACUAUCAAAGUCUGUGGAUGUGACGUGAAUGGGGCACUGCUGUCCUGUAAUGCUGAGGCCUACAUCCUGAAUGCCGGCCUGAGCACUGGGGCCCUCAUCGCCAUUCUUGCCUGCAUUGUCAUUCUCCUGGUCAUUGUUGUAUUGUUUGUGACUCUGAGGAGGCAAAAGAAAGAGCCACUCAUUGUGUUUGAGGAAGAAGAUGUUCGUGAGAACAUCAUAACCUAUGAUGAUGAAGGAGGUGGUGAGGAAGACACAGAAGCCUUUGACAUUGCCACCCUACAGAAUCCUGAUGGUAUCAAUGGAUUUAUCCCUCGCAAAGACAUCAAACCUGAGUAUCAGUACAUGCCUAGACCUGGGCUGCGACCAGCACCCAACAGUGUGGAUGUAGAUGACUUCAUCAACACAAGAAUACAGGAGGCAGAUAAUGACCCCACGGCCCCUCCCUAUGACUCCAUCCAAAUCUAUGGUUAUGAGGGCAGGGGUUCUGUGGCAGGGUCCUUGAGCUCCUUAGAGUCUGCCACCACAGAUUCAGACCUGGACUACGACUAUCUACAGAACUGGGGACCUCGCUUUAAGAAACUAGCAGACUUGUAUGGCUCCAAAGACACUUUUGAUGAUGACUCUUAACAAUAAUGAUACAAAUUUGGCCUUAAGAACUGUGUCUGGCAUUCUCAAGAAUCUAGAAGAUGUGUAAACAGGUAUUUUUUUAAAACAAGGAAAGGCUCAUUUAAAGCAAGCAGAGUUUUACAGAGAGGAAACAUUUAAUAAAACUGCAAGGACAUCGAAGUGGUAAAUACUGUGAAGUACCUUUUCCCACUAAAAAAAGCAAAUAUUGAAGUUGUUUAUCAACUUCAUUAGAGAAAAACCACUUGGCACACAAAAUAUUUAAAUGAAGGAAAAGUCUACGGUGAACUUACAAUGAAGGGAAAUCGUCUAUGUGUUAUGAACAUCUAAGUCUCUCUUAUUUUAUUUUUUAAUUUGUCAAAGAAGCUUCCACAAAAUUAGAAAGGACAACAGUUCUGAGCUGUAAUUUCGCCUUAAACUAUGGACACUCUAUCUGUAGUGCAUUUUUAAACUUGAAAUAUAUAAUAUCCAGCCAGCUUAAACCCAUACAAUGUAUGUACAAUACAAUGUACAAUUAUGUCUCUUGAGCAUCAAUCUUGUUACUGCUGAUUCUUGUAAAUCUUUUUGCUUCUACUUUCAUCCUAAACUAAUACGUGCCAGAUAUAACUGUCUUGUUUCAGUGAGGAGCACCCUAUUUCUAUGUCAUUUUUAAUGUAUCUAUUUGUACAAUUUUAAAGUUCUUAUUUUAGUAUACAUACAAAUAUCAGUAUUCUGACAUGUACGGAAAUGUUACAGCAUCACACUUAUAUUUUAUGAACAUUGUACUGUUGCUUUAAUAUGAGCUUCAAUAUAAGAAGCAACCUUUGAAAUAAAAAAAAGAUUCUUUUUUAAUUCUGGGUUUGAUUCUUAACAUUGAAAAAAAUAAGGGUUUCUAAUGAUCCGUUUAUAUUUCUAAUUUAAUUGUGAUCUUUUAAUAACCCUAUUUAUGAUCUGUUAUAGUCUGCUGCUCUAUUUGUUUAUUUAAAUCAAAUAUGUUUGAGUUUUUAAGAUAAGAAUCUGUAACUUCAUGUAAAUUAUUUUUUUGUACGUUAUGGUUUUACAUCCUGGCUUUUCCUCAAGUAUAACUUCUGAAGAAGGACAUUAGGGAUCUAGACUAGCCUAUGAUUAGCCUAUGGUUUUACAAUGUGUUAUAUAAUAUGCAUUUAACCUGUGAACUCAUAGUUAUGAGAGACAAAUUCAUGAGGAUUGUCAGACCUCUCGAUGUUCUAGAUAUAGACGUGAUACCCCACCUUGAGCAUUGUAGAGUUGGAGGAGUGAACAGUCAAAACUGACACUACUCUGGUUUUCGUUAUGUAGAUUUUAUUAGGAUAAAGUAAGAUGACUGGCAGUUGAAAGUGCUCAUUUUUCCUCCUGUAAUUUUAUUUUGUCUUAAAAUAGUAGGAAAUUUCAAGUCUUCAUGACAGAAAGGGCAAUUCUUAGAGACCUUUAUUUUAGAAGAUUCAUUGGGCCAUGUGCUCACAAUUAGAUCAGGGACCGUGUUGAAUACUGAAGGUUGAUGACAUUUGAUCUGUGCUUACGUCACAGUCAUCUGCUGUCACCUAGUUUCCUGGGGAUUGGAACUUCUGUGAAGGACAUUUCACUUGUACAGUGGACCAAAGGUCCAGAAAAAGCAAUACUUGGGGAGACAACACAGAACCACACUGCAAAUAUUUCUCCUUUUCUUGAAACACAGGGCACAUGCUUUUUUUCUUGGAUUGUGGACAAUUUUGAUUAUCUUUUUUUACUUUAUUGUCAUUAUUUCAUGACACCCUAUUAUAUACUAUUUUUUAUGUCUCAGUGAAAGUGCAUAGAAAAAAAAAUGGUUUCGGUGAUGUGCUCACUCCUAGUUUACUUCGCAUUGAAAUCAAAUCAGUUGAAUAACUCAAUGGGAUAAACUCAGUGGACACUGCCACCUUGAAGUCUUUUAUCCCAGGAAGGAAUGUACAUUCUCGGUACUUGUGUAAUUACUGGUUGUGUUCAUUUUUUUAAUAGUCUUUGUAAUCCAAAGAAUAUUUUGCUAGGUUUGUGAAGAUCUCCAGUUGAAUUUGAAGUAACUGAAUAACUCAAAAGGAAAACGAAAAUCACUUACUCAGCUGCAAGUCACCCAACCCCUACAAUAAUCCUUUUUACUUAUACAGGAAUGUAGUCAGAAUAGAAUUGACAACUACAUUUUCACAUUUUUAUGUCAAGGAUUUUUUUUCAGGAUUGUCUACUUUUCAAUAGGUAAAAAGAACUUGAUUUUCCUUUUCUUUUCCCCCUUUAUUUUCUUUUUCACUUGAAGGCUCCUAAUGUUGUAGAACCCUCUUAGAAGCUUGGAAAUAAAAUGUCUUUCCCAACUCA